GAUCCACCGAAGAAUAAGAAGCAGCAACAAUUUUUGAAUUUUUGAUCCCUCAAAUACUUCAAAAAAUGUCUUCUUCAGAUUCGCCAACGUCUCUAAUCAUUUCCAAAUCCACCGUCUUCCCCGACCUGCCCUCCGCCCUCGCUGACCUCCCCCUCUCAGUCUCCGACCUCCCCAUGCUCUCCUGCCACUACAUUCAGAAGGGUCUCUUCUUCCCCCUCCCUCCCUCCCCCAUCAUCCCCCUCCUCAAAUCCUCCCUUUCCCAAACCCUCUCCCGCUUUCCCCCAUUGGCCGGCAGACUAACCACCUACCCCACUGGCCACGUGCACAUCACCUGCAACGACGCUGGCGCCGACUUCAUCCACGCGUCCGCCCCCGGUCUCUCAAUCCGAGAUGUUUUGGACCCUACUGACGUGCCCGACUGCGUCAAGGAGUUUUUUGCCUUCGACAGGACCGUCAGCUACUCCGGCCACCACAACGCAAUCCUGGCUGUCCAGGUCACCGAGCUCAGCGACGCCGUUUUCAUCGGAUGCUCCGCCAACCACGCCGUCAUCGACGGCACCUCCUUCUGGAACUUCUUCAACACCUUCGCCGAGCUCUGCCGAGCAUCGCCAUCGUCACUAUCACCAAACGAAAAUUAUAAUUACACGAAAAUGACAAUCACAAGGCAGCCGGACUUCAGCCGGAACUCGGUUCUGAUCUCUCCGGCAGUGCUUCGAGUUCCGGCGGGAGGUCCCAAAGUCACAUUCAACGUCGACGAGCCGGUGCGCGAGCGAAUUUUCAGCUUCAGCAGAGAAGCCAUGCAGAAGCUCAAGGCACGAACCAAUAACAAAAAAUGGUCCGAAAACGGCGACGUUUUGCUGAGCGCCGUCGAGAUUCUCGGGAAGCAGAGUAACGAUCCCUACCAAAACAAAGACAAUGGCGCCAAAGUGACGUCGAUUAUCGAAAACUGGUCCAAAAAUUCGAACGCGAACUCCAAAACGACGGCGGAGAUCUCGUCGUUUCAGUCCCUGUGCGCGCUGCUCUGGCGAUCCGUGACGCGUGCGAGGAAUCUUCCGUCCUCGAAAACGACGACGUUCAGAAUGGCGGUGAACUGCCGGCACAGACUUGAGCCGAAGCUGGACGCAUUCUACUUCGGGAACGCGAUUCAGAGCAUCCCGACGUACGCGACUGCCGGGGAGUUGCUGUCGCACGACACGAGGUGGUGCGCGGAGCAGCUGAACAAGAACGUGAAGGCGUACGACAACGACAGGGUUCGGGGCGUCGUUGAGGAUUGGGAGAGGGACCCGCGAGUGUUCCCGCUGGGGAACUUUGACGGGGCAAUGAUGACGGUGGGGAGCUCGCCGAGGUUUCCGAUGUACGACAACGACUUCGGAUGGGGGAGGCCGAUGGCGAUUCGGAGCGGGCGGGCGAAUAAGUUCGAUGGGAAGAUAUCAGCGUUUCCGGGGAGGGAAGGAGGCGGGAGCGUUGAUCUCGAGGUAGUUUUGGCGCCUGACGCAAUGGCUGGUCUCGAAACGGACUCUGAGUUCAUGCACUACGUGUCCUGUUGA